AUGGGCUGCAAGGAACCAUAUACCAAUGCAGAGAUGCUUCCUAUGAGUGCUUGCUUCCACUCUGGUGCAUUCAUUGCAAGAAGCCUUGAGAAAGACGGUGCAGGUGGGGAAACAUAUGACCCGGUUUCUUUUGAAACACCUGGUGUGAGUGGCAUGGGACUUGCUCUGGACAUGCUGAGACGGCUGGCACUGGUCCUUGCUGCUGAGGAGGCCCUAAAUUGGUCAGUUUCUUGA